UUGAAUUAAAAUUUAACUUAAAUUAACGGUCAAGUGAAUAAGCGUAAACAAAUUAACAACGCUAUAUAUAUUAGUAAUCUUAUAUUAAUAUUCCGUAAUUACUAGGCAGUAAUAAAUACUGUAGAAAUUUGGUUUAGUGGAGGAUAUUUGAAGAUGUCUAUCAUCUCGAUUGUUGCGCCGUAUAGUCCGUCUGGUAGAAGUUUACUAAUGUUUCAGAGGUCCUUGCUGCCUACAUCCUCAGGGCCAACAUCGCCCUGAUGAUGGAGGUAGCAAGGCUAGGUUACACGGCGUAACAACCCAGAUGACAGCCGUCUUCAGACACACCGCCGUGAAAAUCUCAAACUCUACUUGGAGGAUAUUUAAUUGCGUGCUUGUGGCACUGUUGGAAUGGCAGGAGAAGGCGUUUGUUUGAAAUUAUAAAUAAUAUACAUACAUUUAUAAUAUGGUUAUUGCACGCCUGUUGAAAGUUUAGAAUGAUUUCCUUAAGAUUGUGGAAUAAACUAUAUGUGCUUAGAAAUUACUCUAUUAAUGCUGGGACUAUUUGCAAAGCUAAACUGGGCCAGUUAGUGUUUGAUAACCUCAAACCUGUGAGACUUCGCACUACAGAACAGAAUUUGACUCAAAGUAGAGCUUUUGAUAAAGGAUCUAACAUCAACUUUAAGAAUAAAACAAGAUUCACCGAAAGUGAAACACAGUACAGUAACAGUAGACAUAUUAAAAGGUCACUCCUGAUUUUGAAUUCUUCUGUUCAGAAAUCAAAUAGGAUAUAUAAGUCUGACUUGGAGCAAAUUUUGCUAGAUAUCAAGAGAGAAGGAAUAUCUGUAGACCAGCAUGGUCUACUGUUUCUUCAGUGCUGUGGUGACUUAUUGCCUGAUGAGCUUCCAGCCACAAGAACUGAUCUUGCUCAUAAAAUAUGGGAUUGUCUACAAGAAUUAGGUAUAUGGUAUGCUGCAGUUCAGUGAAAAUUAAUAAUGUUUAGAAUGUUGUGCACA